AUGGUGGUCGACAUGGAAUUGCAGGAAGCAAAGGAUUAUGUCCUUCAGCUUAUAAAGGAUAAAGAUAAAAUUGAAGCGGAUUUGAAAGCUUUGAAAGAAAUUUUAGAUGCUAAUCAUGUUGGUAUGGGUGAACCGUUGGUUGAUUCUGAAGGAUAUCCAAAACAGGAUAUUGAUGUUUACCAAGUCAGACACACAAGACAUAAAAUAAUAUGUUUACAAAAUGAUCUUAAAGCUUUGAUGAAUAAAAUAGAAGAGGGUUUACACAAAGUCCAUGGUUUGGCAGGAAAUGAAGCAGAAAGUUCUGAUGCAGCUGCAACAAAUCACAUUCAAGAUAUACAAUUAGAGCCUUUUGUAAGGGUAAACUUGGUAUCCCCAGGUUCACCAGCUGAAAUUGCAGGAAUUCAAGUUGACGAUUUAAUAUUGGAAUUUGGAUCUAUUAAUUGCCAGAAUUUUAAGUCAUUAAAGGAUAUUGGGACUUUGGUAGAAAAUAGUAGAUAUAAAAAAGUUGGCAUAAGAAUUAAACGUGGAUCUAAUACCUUAGCCUUGACUUUAAUUCCACAUCCUUGGGUUGGCAAAGGCCUUUUGGGUUGCAAUGUAAUAUCUUUAGAGACAGUUGAAAGAUAAAGUUA